UAUAAAUGCCACGGGUGUUUCAACGAGCCCCUGUUUUGCACAGAGUGCUGCAGAACCCAGCAUCAAAGACAUCCUUUCCAUCGCAUCAGUCAAUGGACCGGAUCAUUUUUUCAAGAAAUUUCACUUAUGAAAGUCGGCCUGCACAUUCACCUUGCUCAUGAUGGCACUCCAUGUCCCAGCAGCACUGAAUACUCAUCAGACCUCUUUGAAUGGUCAGAUACCGAUGAACAUAUAGACCAUAAUGAUUAUCCGGAGGGAACUUCCAUUCCACUUGUCGCAGACUCAGAUCAUCCGGCUACAACCAUAGUCGACAAAUCCGGUGUUCACUCCGUAUCCAUAUGGUAUUGCCACUGCCCCGGAGCUCUAAACCCGGAUAUGCAGCUCUUUCAAGCAGGCUUAUUUCCAGCAUCCUUCACCAGACCAAAAACUGCAUUCACAUUCUCCGUGUUGGACGACUUUCUGCUAGACAACCUGGAAUGUGGUACAUCAGCCAUGAAUUACUACAGUAAGAUCUGGAGGCUAACCUCCAGCAUCUUUCCAUUGAUGGUUCCGGUAAGUCGGUUUUCAUUCUCUACUUCAGCCGGUCAUCAAACAAUAAUAUUUGCAGGAUCGCUACAGAGAGCUCAUGAGGACUGCCAGACAAUGGCGUCAAUGUAA